GGGGCCCAGAUGUCGGCCCGGCAGGGCGGGGGCGCCGGCCCCGUGCACCCGCGGGUCUUCUUCGGGCGCCCGUCCCCUCGGCCGGCAUGCUGCGCCCCAGGCUGCUGGCGCUCGCGCCGGGCGCGCGCGCGCUGCUGCUGACCGUGCCCACCCUGGUGCCCUACCCAGGCUACGACGGGGAGCUCCAGGGCGUGUCGGGGACAGUGCACCUCGUGGCCGCCCUCGACGACUCGACGCUGCAGACCCUCAAGUGGAGCCUGGAGGGCGUCGACCCGAGCUGCACCGAAGGGGCCGGCGACGGCGUGCCGAACGCCUGUGGCAUCCACGUGCACACCGGCGGGUCUUGCGAGGUCGCGGAGGAGGUCGGGGGCCACCUCUACAGCGAGGAGCCGGACCCCUGGUCGAGCGCCGCGUACAGCGUUUCGAGCGGAGGCGCGACCGCGGGCAGCCUGACGAUAGAGACGGGGUUGACGCUCUCGGAGCUCACCGGGCGAGCCCUGGUCGUGCACCAGCUCGCAGGCGGUGGGCGCAUCGCGUGCGGAAUCCUCUUCGCAGCCCCAAGCAUCCCUGCGCUCGACUUCUCCAAGUACCCCGUCGCAGGCGAUCCGACCUACGAUGGAUAUGACCUGGCCAGGCGGGCCGUCAGCCUCGCGUUCGUGUCCGAGGGCACCCAGCUGCUCUCCUGGGAGCUCUCCGGCCUGGACGAGAAGUGCAGCUCGGGCCGAGACCCAGACACGAAGAACAGCUGCGGCAUCCACGUCCACUCCGGCAGGUGCACGCAGUGGCCAAGCGACAUUGGGCCGCACUACUACAACAUGGCGCAGCUCGCGGCCGCAGACCCGUGGGCAGAGGUGUCCUACACAACGGACGAGGCGGGGUUCUCCAGGGGCUUCGUGCAGGUCAGCACGGGGCUGUCGUUCCGGGAGCUUCCUGGGAGAGCGGUGGUGUGGCACAACUUUGACGGCGACGUCCACGCCUGUGCCACGCUCGACCCCUGCGCAGGCACCCUGGUCGCGCAGGGCGGCGAGGCUGUCCAGGGCAGCAGGAUGGGCACGUUCGCGAUCACGACCCAUCCGCUGGCUCCGGAGAACGACUGGCGCCCCGUCUACGCGAACGCCGAGGGACAAUUCCUCUACUACUGGAAGGCCUACGGGGACUGGCGCAUCGGGGCCCUCCACACCACCGAGGACUGCGGCGUCCAGUCGGGCCCGGGCGCCGCGGCGUGUCCCACGGAGGCGGCGGCGUGGUCGGCGUGGACGGGCGCGGCGUGGACGUACGCGCACUCCAUCACCGUGACCGCGCCGACCAUCCUGUCUGUCGCCGCCUUUGAUCGCUACCCUGGGUACGAGGGGGCCCUGACGGUUGCCGGGGCUGUGGCCAUCACGGGAGACGCGACGCAGACGCUCCAGUGGGACCUCACGGGCCUGGACGCGGCGUGCUCGUCUGGCGCGGGAGCCAGCGAGGAGAAUGGCUGCGGCAUCCACGUGCACACUGGCGAGUCGUGCGCCGACGCCGGCGCACACUUCUUCAGCGCCGACGGCUACAACGCCAGCGACCCCUGGGCGGACGUGGCCUACGUGUCCGACGCCUCCGGCCGCUCCUCCUCGAGACUGGCGGUGGCCACCGGCCUGCGGCUCUGGGAGCUGGCGGGCCGGGCCCUCGUGGUCCACGCGCUCGCGGGCGGCGCCCGCGUCGCCUGCGCCGAGGUGGUGGCGGGCCCGACGGCCAGCGCGGCCUCCUUCUCGAGGUACCCCGGCUACGCGGGCCCUCUGAGCGUCGAGGGCACCGUCAGCAUAGCCCGCUCGGACAGCGAGUCACAGGUCCUCGCCUGGGACCUCACGGGGGUCGACGGCGCCUGUGCGCCCGGCGCCUCGGCUGGCGUGCCCAACGGCUGCGGGAUCCACGUCCACGUCGGCUCCUCCUGCGACACGGCGGAGGGCGUCGGCGGCCACCUGUACAGCCAGGGCGCCGGCUCCAGCUCGGACCCCUGGGACGAGGUCGCCUACGUCGCGACGGACGUCGCGAACGGCUCUGGGGCCUCCAGCGGCGUGGCCUCGGUGGGCACUGGCCUAUCGCUGCCCGAGCUCGUGGGCCGGAGCCUCGUGGUCGCUGUCCGGUGGCGCGCGCAUCGCGUGCGCGAUCUUGGAGGGCCCCGUGCCUGGUCCGGAGGUGCCCGCCCCUUGGGCGGAGGAGGACACGGUGACCUCCCAGUCUGGCGCCUGGCCGGCGCUGCGGCGGCUGGCCGCGUGGUGGGCAGCCCUGAGCCUGGCCCCGGCGCUGGCGCGCCCGCCGUGACGCCCUCCUGCCGCGGGCGCCCCUUCCCGCCACCGGAAGUGUGGCCCAGGCUCGGGGGCGCCCAGGAGGGGGGUGAGGACUGUCUGUGUGCGUACGGCGUGUGCGUCUGUGUUCGAGCAUGCGCCUGCGGCGACUGCACGUGCCUGUUUCUGGUCGUGCGCGCCCCUCCUCUUGCGGCCUGCGUCGACCACUCGCUCGUUGGCAUCCCAUCGGCGCGCGUUCGGUGGUAAUCCGCCUGGCGCAUCCCGCUAUUGUUGCCUCCGCUCCCUCUCUUUGAACCGCCGAUCUUCGGCGCAUCCAACCAGCAGGCGGGUGAGGCCUUGCGGCCAGCGAGCGCUGCCGAGGCCGCUCAUGCCGCCCCCCCCUCCCCCCCUCCCCCGCCAGAUGUGCAAGGCCCCCAAGAGGCCGAAUUACAGUUCGAGCUGCUCCGCCUCCGCCGACAGGCGUGUUGAGAAGAGUGGUCGACCGCUGCGGCCUGACGUGCCAUGUUGGCAUCUCCUGCGCCACUGCUGCUCGACGUCGGUAUCCGCAUCGGUGUG